AUGAAGCUCACUGCCACGCUCUUGGCCCUCGCGGCCGGCCUGCAAGUGACAUCUGCCUUUCCUCAUUUUGCCACCGAGGAAAACUAUCAGAAGCUCGCAGCACGCGGCAUGGUCAAGCAGCGCGCCCCCUCCAACAAUCCUGCUCGAAAGCUCGAAGUUCGCGAUCUUAUUGGAGGUCUCCUUCAGCCGCUCACCGGAGUUUUGGCCGCCAUCGAUCUUCCCACGCCUCAGAAUCAGGUUCUGGAGCUCGUCCCUGAUGCAGCUCAUCCUUAUAAAGCUCCUGGACCCACCGACAUCCGUGGUCUCUGCCCAACAAUGAACACUAUGGCCAACCACGGCUAUAUUUCCCGCAACGGAAUCACCACCUUUGCCGAGGCCGCGAAUGGUUGCCAGCAGGCGUAUGGCUUUGGCUAUGACCUCUGCACCUUCCUCUCGGCCCUCGGUCUCCUUGCUGGUGGUGACCUGGUCACGGGCAAGAUGUCCAUCUCGGGACCCGAUGCUCGUGUUCCAAACACCUUGGGUCCAGCAAAGGGCCUCGACAACCACGGCCCUUUUGAGAUCGACGGUUCCAUGUCUCGAAAUGACACCUACUUCGGUGACAACCACUCGUUCCUGAUGGAGCGGUGGAACACCAUCAGAGACUUUGCCAAGAAGUACGACAACGGUAACUUUGGUAACGCCAUGUGGAAGAAAGAGCGCAAGGCCACCUAUGACAAAGCUGUCGCCACCAACCCGGAGUUCUACGCCGGUGCCAAGUACAUUGCCGUCUCUAUCGCCGAACGCGCCUUCAUCCCUCGCGCCCUGCCUACCUUCAAGGGCGGACCCAGCCCUGGUAUCCCUGAUGCCUUCAACGUUGAGCCCUUCUUCCUCAAUGAGACGUUCCCGGCCAACUGGUUCAAGCGUGGCGAUCCAUACGGCCUCGUCGGCCUCGCUGGUGACGUUGUUGAUUACGUCACCGACCUCGACACUUUCACCAAACCUGGCCAGAACCAGGGCAUCGGUAACUUUGUCCCCUUUAGCCUGGAUCUGCCGACGGAGCCCUAUGCUGCAGGCUGCUUCCUCUUCACGACCCUUGCCGACGUUGGUGCCGGCGGUCUCGAGGGAGAGGCUGUUCACGCCAUUGGCCAGGUUGUGGAGCAGAUCAUGGCUCCCCUGUUUAAGGGCGCCUUCAACUGCGACUUUUCCGGUACCAACACGCCCUCGAGCGGCUCCGGCUCGGGCGUGAACGGCGGCUGAUUUGUUCAAGAGCCCCUCUUCGAUGUCCUGUAGCCCCC